CGAAAAAAAAAAAACUCAAAUCUCUCGAUCCUCUCUUUCGAUUCCCAAUUCCCUCUGAUUUUCCAUUUCUCUUUUCUUUUUGCCCCCCCCCCCCCUGAAAUUCCUCUUCGAUCUCUCUUACUUCGAUCUCGAUUUCACAUAGAAACAAAAUCACACUCGAUUUUUAUUUUUCUUAAAAAAUUGAUUAAUUAAUUCUAGGGUUAGGGUUUUUGAUCGAUUCUGCUGUAAAAUAAUAUGGGAGGUGCUGGCGAUUCGAGCGAGUCAAAAGUGAGUAAUGAACAGGGGCAAGGGCAGGGAGAGGAGGGAGGUGUGGUGAUUAACGUUCGGUGCUCUAAUGGUACAAAAUUUACUGUGAGGACGAGCUUGGAAUCAACGGUUGGGGUUUUCAAAUCUGUUCUGGCUCGAAAUUGUGAUGUUCCAGCUGAUCAACAGAGGUUGAUUUAUAAAGGUCGGAUUUUGAAGGAUGACCAGACCCUUCUUAGUUAUGGUUUGCAAGCUGAUCACACCGUUCAUAUGGUUCGUGGUUUUGCCCCUGCUUCGUCGACUCCUGCUCCUGCUGCUGCUGCCACCGCCACCGCUGCUGCUGGUGGAAAUCCUGAUACUACAACAGGGGUUACACCGGGUGUUGGUUCUAAUGAAGGUGGGGCUUUUGGACUUGGAGGUGCCGGUUUGGGGGCAUCUUUGUUCCCUGGACUUGGGUCACUAGGUGGCGGGGGCGCGACUGGUUCAUUUGGAGCUGGUUUUUCUGAAUUGGAACAAGUGCAGCAACGGCUAACUCAGAAUCCCAACAUGAUGAGGGAAAUAAUGAAUACACCUGCUAUGCAGAGUCUGAUGAAUAACCCCGAGUUGAUACGGUCCUUGAUGAUGAGUAAUCCUCAGAUGCGCGAGAUUAUGGACCGGAAUCCUGAGCUUGCACAUGUGCUUAAUGAUCCUAGCAUUCUUCGACAGACAUUAGAAGCUGCUAGAAACCCUGAGCUCAUGCGUGAGAUGAUGAGACACACUGACAGGGCUAUGAGUAAUAUUGAAUCGACUCCUGAAGGAUUUAACAUGCUCCGGAGAAUGUAUGAAAAUGUUCAAGAACCAUUUUUAAAUGCUACAACAAUGGGUGGAAAUGCUGGCAGUGAUUUGGGUUCAAAUCCAUUUGCAGCCCUCCUGGGGAACCAAGGUGGGACUCAAGUCAGGGAUGCAUCAAACAACCCUUCAACCACUGGUUCUGAAGCAACUGGAGGGCUCACUGCUCCUAAUACAAACCCACUGCCCAACCCUUGGAACAAUGCUGCUGGAGGUACCCAGACAAACAGUACUACAAGGCCAAAUCCUGCUGGGAAUGUGAGGGCCUCAGGUCUUGGUGAUUUGGGUCUGGGAGGGCUUGGUCUCCCAGGAAUGGAAAGCAUGUUUAAUGGCAUGCCUGAUUCUAAUCAAAUGAAUCAGUUGUUGCAAAAUCCAGCUGUAUCACAGAUGAUGCAAACCGUACUCUCCAAUCCUGAAUACAUGAACCAGAUGCUCAAUUUCAAUCCUCAACUACGAAGCAUGGUUGAUUCAAAUCCUCAAUUGAGAGAAAUGAUGCAAAACCCAGAGCUUCUUCGCCAAUUAACUUCUCCCGAAACAAUGCAGCAAAUGCUUGCUUUACAACAGUCACUUCUUCCGCAGCUCCGACAGCAAUCAACCCAGGAAGCGGCACAGCCUGGCGCCCCUACAGGAACACCUAAUAAUACUGGGCUGGAGAUGUUGAUGAACAUGUUUGGUGGUCUUGGAGCAGGCAGCUUAUCUGCACCUAACCAACCUGAUGUGCCCCCGGAAGAACUUUAUGCAACUCAACUAUCACAGCUACAAGAAAUGGGUUUCUUUGACACCCAAGAGAAUAUCAGGGCACUGCGUGCUACAGCUGGAAAUGUACAUGCUGCAGUAGAGCGUCUUCUGGGGAAUCUUGGCCAAUGAGCUGUUCUGGAAAGCAAAACCUUGGAAAGGGGGAAGGGAGGAUCUUUCUGAGCAAGGGGUUCGCUAUUUUCAUGUUGAAGUCUCCGAAAACCUACAGCAGAAUUGCCAUCGUGAGGACACAAGAGUAGAAAUUAAAAAAAGAAAAUGUACAAAUUAGUAUUUUUCGCAUGGCCACUGCAUUUGAUUCUCCAUUUCUUCUCAUCCCUCCUCUUCAGUUUCUUGGAAACCUAUUUCUUUUUCUAUGUAGAAAUUAUUAUUAAUGAUCAACAGUGGAUUUAUUUUACAGCUCAA